GCGCGCGCGGCUGAAAGCGUGUGGAGGCGCGGGCUGCAGUUCGGACGUGUGUGUGGCGGCGAGGGGGCGGCGGCCGGGAGAGACGACUCCGCCCCCUGUGCGCAUGCUCGGGCCCCGGCGGGUUAUAAAGCAGCCUCGCCGGCCCGGCCAGACAAAGUGGUGAGCUGCGACGUGACUGGCUGGCUGCGUGGGUGACUGGAACAACCAAACGAGGCAGCGAGCGAAGGACGGGAGCCGGACCGUGGGCCCCGUGGAACUCCAGCUCGCGCCACCACGUCACGCACACGCUCGGCGCUGCGAUCCGCGCAUAUAACGAUAUUUGGAUUUGACCUGCAUUUUGGAAUUUAUCUACACUUAAAAUGCCACCAGCAGUUGGAGGUCCAGUUGGAUACACCCCCCCAGAUGGAGGCUGGGGCUGGGCAGUGGUAAUUGGAGCUUUCAUUUCCAUCGGCUUCUCUUAUGCAUUUCCCAAAUCAAUUACUGUCUUCUUCAAAGAAAUUGAAGGUAUAUUCCAUGCCACCACCAGCGAAGUGUCAUGGAUAUCCUCCAUAAUGUUGGCUGUCAUGUAUGGUGGAGGUCCUAUCAGCAGUAUCCUGGUGAAUAAAUAUGGAAGUCGUAUAGUCAUGAUUAUUGGUGGCUGCUUGUCAGGCUGUGGCUUGAUUGCAGCUUCUUUCUGUAACACUGUACAGCAACUAUACUUCUGUAUUGGAGUCAUUGGAGGUCUUGGGCUUGCCUUCAACUUGAAUCCAGCUCUGACCAUGAUUGGCAAGUAUUUCUACAAGAGGCGACCAUUGGCCAACGGACUGGCCAUGGCAGGCAGCCCUGUGUUCCUCUGUACUCUGGCCCCCCUCAAUCAGGUUUUCUUCGGUAUCUUUGGAUGGAGAGGAAGCUUUCUAAUUCUUGGGGGCUUGCUACUAAACUGCUGUGUCGCUGGAGCCCUCAUGCGACCAAUCGGGCCCAAGCCAACCGAGGCAGGGAAAGAUAAGUCUAAAGCAUCCCUUCAGAAACCUGGAAAAUCUGGUGUAAAAAAAGGUCUGCAUGAUGCAAAUACAGAUCUUAUUGGAAGACACCCUAAACAGGAGAAACGAUCAGUCUUCCAAACAAUUAAUCAGUUCCUGGACUUAACCCUAUUCACCCACAGAGGCUUUUUGCUAUACCUCUCUGGAAAUGUGAUCAUGUUUUUUGGACUCUUUGCACCUUUGGUGUUUCUUAGUAGUUAUGGGAAGAGUCAGCAUUAUUCUAGUGAGAAGUCUGCCUUCCUUCUUUCCAUUCUGGCUUUUGUUGACAUGGUAGCCAGACCAUCUAUGGGACUUGUAGCCAACACAAAGCCAAUAAGACCUCGAAUUCAGUAUUUCUUUGCGGCUUCCGUUGUUGCAAAUGGAGUGUGUCAUAUGCUAGCACCUUUAUCCACUACCUAUGUUGGAUUCUGUGUCUAUGCGGGAUUCUUUGGAUUUGCCUUUGGGUGGCUCAGCUCCGUAUUGUUUGAAACAUUGAUGGACCUUGUUGGACCCCAGAGGUUCUCCAGCGCUGUGGGAUUGGUGACCAUUGUGGAAUGCUGUCCUGUCCUCCUGGGGCCACCACUUUUAGGUCGGCUCAAUGACAUGUAUGGAGACUACAAAUACACAUACUGGGCAUGUGGCAUCGUCCUAAUUAUUUCAGGUAUCUAUCUCUUCAUUGGCAUGGGCAUCAAUUAUCGACUUUUGGCAAAAGAACAGAAAGCAAGUGAGCAGAAAAAGGAAAGUAAAGAGGAAGAGACCAGUAUAGAUGUUGCUGAGAAGCCAAAGGAAGUUACCAAAGAAGCAGAAUCUCCGGACCAGAAAGACACAGAAGGAGGGCCCAAGGAGGAGGAAAGUCCAGUCUGAAUCCAUGGGGCUGAAGGGUAAAUUGAGCAGUUCAUGACCCAGGAUAUCUGAAAAUAUUCUACUGGCCUGUAAUCUACUAGUGGUGCUCAAUGCAAAUAGUAGACAUUUGUGUGGAAAUCAUACCAGUUGUUCAUUGAUGGGAUUUUUGUUUGACUCCUUACCAAUAGCCUGAAUUUGAGGAGGGAAUGGUUGGUAGCAAAGGAUGGGGGAAAGAAGUAGGUUUUGUUUUGUUUUGUUUUAAUCUUAGCUUUUAAUAAUGUCAUAAAGAUUAUAAUAUGUGCCUUAAGUUUUAGUCUUUAGAACUCUAGAGAGCCUUAAGUUCUUAAAACAUUUUUGCUGAAUUCAUCUAUUUCGAGUGUUGUGUAAAAAGGAAAAAUAACAACUAACUUGUUUGAGGCAAAUCUAAAAUUUAAAAUUAAUCUUGCUUCAUUGUUACAUGUAAUAUAUUUCAGAUAUUUUCACUGGAAGAUUUAUGAACAGAAAUAUUGGUUGAAAGUUAGAGAUUUUACAAAAUGCUGACAAAAAUAUUUUCCUAGCAUCAGUAGAUUUCUGGCAUAUGUUUCUGCUAGCUAUAUAUUUAGGAAAUUCAAAGCAUAAAACUUUGGCAACAUCUUGGCUGUUCUAGACACAGUGUACUUGUCAACCCCUCUCAGGUACCUUUUCUUGGGAUGCUUAUUAGAAGCCAAGUAUAGUGCUUAAGGUUUGUUUUCAUUAAAUUAGCUAUUUUUGCUCCCCUGUUCAAAGAUGCAUUUGAGUGUUUAUAGAUCACUGCCCUUUUUGAAAUCACCUGGUAUUAUUUUUCUCACUGGAAAAGUUAGUAUUAAAAUCUACAAAACUACAUAUUUGUGCCUCCUUGGCAAAUACAACACAUCUAAUUAAAUGUAGACAGAUAUUUCAAACAUCAGCUGAAUUCACUUAAGUUUUUCCAAAACCUCAGUUAAACUGUGAAGCUAUUGGAAUUUUUUUUUCCUGGAAUUUUUCCCCUUUGAUUCACAGUGGUCCCAUUUAUAUCUGCUUCUAGCUUAGUGCUAUGUGUGAGAUAUGUGUGUGUUUGGUGUUUUGUUUUUUUUUUAAUGUUUUCAAAUUAAAAAGGGCCAGAAAAAUUUGGCACCAGGCAAACGAAUAAAGAUAGGGUUGGGAAAGAAGUUGCUAAGUGUGCUUAGUUUUAAUAAGUAAUUCCUUCUCUUUUUUCAGAGAAGGCCUUACAGAAAAUUGUUGUGCUUAGAAUUGUUGGAUGCAUUUUUACUCUCCACACAAACCUAAAAAUUUUGUGACCUCUUUCACUUACCUGAAAAGUAGAGAAAUGGAUUCAGUAUAAGGAUAAGGAGGGAAGGUGGACCAGAAUGAAAAAUUGUAAAUAUUUUUUUAACCUAAUAUCACUUAAAUGGAGGCAGAAAGAUAGACAUUCAAUGAAUUAUAUUCAAUGCAUUUAAAAUACCACUGUAAUUGACAGAGUAAAAGUAUAGAUACAAAACCUUGUGUAAGAGGCUGACUUUUCCAAAUAAACAUUUUUUAAGAAAAUAUUUCUUCUUCCAAAUGUCUAUUUUCUUGAAAAUAUUGCUGUGUCUUCAUUUUCAUUACCGGGUUUCAUUUUGGGCCUUGCUAAAUUGAUUGGAUUAAAUUCUCCAGCUUAUGAAUCUUGAUAUUUGUGUAUAUGAUUUAUUUUCAUUUGAAUUUCUCCUUUCCUCUUCUUUGCUGUAAGGCAAGGAGGAGGGGAAUUUUAAAACCAUCUUAUUUGAACUGAGAGCAUCCAGAGCAGUUAACCUGAAGGAAACAAUGAAAAACUCCGUUUGUAUGCCUGAGCAUCAUGGCAGAUAGAGGAAGAGCGUUAGAGGAGAAAACUGCUGCUGAGAGGAUUGGCAGGCUUGGCCUCAGUUUGGACUCUAAUUUUCCUUGGACCCAAGUCUGUAACCUCUGUGUACCUCUUCUCUCUUACCUUCUAUAAAAAUGAGGAUUACUGUUGGUAAGGGAAUAAGGAAUGUAAGUAAAGGAAAUAUGAAAAAUAAAAGUAAAGCAAGUAU